UUGUCUGCACUCUCCCAUGUGUUGCAGUCCUGCAUAAAGAGCUGAUCUGCCAUUCACUCCAUACAGGACCUUCCAGGACACCCUCACGACUCAUUUGAUGAUAAAACGUGAUUAGUGGGGUCAAUCGAGUGAAUAAAUUCCAGAAAAUCGUGAAAACCCAGUGGUUUUUGGGGAUUAAGUGGGGAAAAUUUGUUAGUGAUAUGAAUUGUCAUUUGUGAUUAUGGAAAACAUCAGGGUCUCGACGUUGUCAGGUUGAGAGAAUUCUGGUUUCACCAGAUGUGUGAGGUGUAGGGGCUAGUGAGUGGGGGGAUAUUUUUACUGGAGUGUUUAUUUUGGUUUGAUUGGUGAUUAAAAAUUCGAGAGGAUAUGGAUAUUGAGGAGCCUGUCACACAAGGACUACUGCUGUUCCCUCCUCAGGGGGUUCUGGGACAGCUGAAGAAAACGUGGCACAAGAGGUACUGCCAGCUGUUCAAGGCGAGCAAGUAUGGAAUUGAGAGACUGGAGAUUUGGGACAGUAGAGAGGAUUAUCUGGGACAACAGCUGAGUCCUAGGAUCAUUACGCUUGAGAAUUGUGUGAAGAUCGGGCCCAGUAAUCAGCCGAGAGUUAUUGCGGUGGUGACACGAACCCUGACCCAUCACUUCGGCUGCAUAACCGAAGCAGAAACCCGCGACUGGAUAACUGCCUUCCAACAAGUUGCCUUCCCCGAUCUUCCCUCCACCGAGACCAUCGAGGAGGACAACGAUCUCUACUGCACCAGUGGCGAGGGCAUUUUCUCCGUGAAACUAGUGGAAACAGACGCCUCAAAACGCUGUCGUCUUGAUGAAAAAAAUUAUACUCUCCUCGUCGCCGACACCGAGAUGAGCCUCCUCGAUGGUGAAUCCAUCCUCUUCACCUGGCCCUACCGCUACAUCCGCAAGUACGGCUACGGGGAGGGCAAGUUCACAUUCGAGGCGGGGAGAAAGUGCGAAUCAGGGGAGGGAUCGUUUCGACUGGAGCACAGCAAUCAGCAGGAGAUCUUUCGGUGUAUUUCAUCAAGAAUGAAGUCUAUGAAGAAGCUCCUGCGGGGAGAAAUGCCAACUCCUGGAGUCGAUCUCAAUGACGUCCAGUAUCAUGCUGCCCUGUCCAUGGAGGCUGGCUCCAGAUCCCCUUUACCUCCGACACCGACGCAGAAUUUAAUAGAUUUGGAUUUUUCAAAUUCAGCGCAAAAUUCUCAGAGAACGAUAUUCCCGAGUUCAACGUCCUCGUCGAGUCUUGAUUCGGUGUCUUUUAUCAGGAGUCCACCUCCCAUUGUGGCGUCAAAGCCCACGAAACCUCCCAGAAAAUUUUUCAUUCCAGGUCUACGAGAGCACAAGACCCCAGCAGAAACUCCGGACAUCGGUUGCGGAAUAUACCGGAAGCUGGCAACGUACACAUCCCCCGAAGUCACCCGUAAAUUAUCCCAGACAGCGUCGACCCCCCAGGACGACGAGAAGCAUCCAUACGACCUCGUGGAAGUCCGAAAUCACGCCUGGAGGACCCACGGUCUCGACACAAUCCUUCACACCGAGAGGAAGGACAGGCCCAACGGCCAGAGCCCCAGACCAGUCCCCGACGACGAGAAUGGGAAUGAGAACAAAAAUCCCAAGAAAGACGACAACGAGGCCUGGGUCGAGGUGAACGUCGAGGACCCUGGGGAUCGCCUCAACGAGGACGAGGACUCUGAUUGUCAGUACGAAACGAUGAUCUCCAAUAGCACGGGUUUAUCAACGUCUGAGACAGUCACAGCAUCCCCAAUAAUUCAUAAUAACGUUCCAAAGUCUGAUUCCACUGCCAAUUACGAUACCCUUCAGCACUUUGGCUCCCUCCACAGGCUGAACAAUCCUGGGUACAAGGCCCCGAAUUUGAGCCUGAGUUUACCGAUGAGGAAUGCCUCCUCACAGUGCAAUUCACCGACUGUUCCUCCUGAGGACAGCAGCCCCUCGUGGAACCAUUACGAUAUCGUUGAGGAUGUGCAGGCGAUCAGACUCGCUGAUGACAGCAGCAGAGGGUACGGAGUGAUAAGGAAAAAGGCAAAUGCCGCUACCAAUGUCAGUGCUGGACCACAACACAAAAUUUUUAAUAACAGUGAAUAUGCCAUUGUAUCGAAGCCCAAGAGAGUUUGAAAUUUCCGUUUCUUCGUUGGGUUAUUCGAUGCUCAACAAUUUUAUUUCUCAAAAAUUAAUUAAUGGAUAAAAAUUGAGUUCAUUCCGUUAGGGUUCUGAGGGGUAAGUUCCGGUGUUUGUGGUGUGAUCAGGAAGAUUUUCACGUAUUUAUGGGCCUCACUUCGAUUUUAUCCCCCAAAAAUUAAUUCCACAUUCAUUUUUUCACUCGUAAGACGAAAAAUUAAGUCUAUCCAAGAUCACAAAUGCAAUUGUAUCGAUACAUUAACAACAGACUAUCGCGAUUUCGCGGAUUAUCCCAUGAUAUUCUUAUCUAUUAUCAAAGGGUCGUCAGAGCCCAGAGAACUGCCCCCAAAGAGUUCUUUAUUAAUUAACAUUUUGCCAUUUUCCCCAGACAAUUACCAAAAUCUGAGGGAUCGAUCAAUUCGGUCUAGUUUUGGAUGAAGAUCCAAAUGUUCCAAGGAAAUUAUUUCGUAAAUAUCUCUGACGCCAUCGAAACAAUGGCCAGACCCUAGAACUCCAAGAAUUUCCAAAAUUCACAAAAAAUAAAAUUAUCCAGAGAUAUUCGCGAAAUACUUCUGCCAUCACUUAACUGAUGAAUCAAUCUAACACCUCAUUUAUUAAUUAUUUUCCAUCUACCGGUGAAAACAUAUAUUUUUUUUACAAAUUUUGCAAAUGUCAUGCUCAAUGGACAAUCGAGAAAAAAAAAGUACUAAUGCAUUUUUUUUGUAUUCCAAUCUGCGUGCCAAUGGUGUAAUACCUUUAAUUAGUGACAUAAGUAUUGAUCAACUACGAUAGAAUUUUUAUAAAUAAUUUUUUAGGACGUCGAAUGGAAGAAAUGAGUAUUUGUGUAACGGUGGACCAAAGAUCUUUAACUUCACAUCGAGUGAUAAGAUAAUUUUUUAAUGAUCCUUUAUUGGAUGGUCCAAAGUGCCUAAUUGUAUAUGUUGAUGAGUCUAUUGACUUGUAAUUAUUAUUUUUUCUCAUUCAUUGUAUUGAUUAGGGUAAGAUUGUAUUAUAUUUUAUACGAUGUUGGAGACAUUUUGUAGAUAAGGGAAUUUAAUAAAUCUGUUGUUACC